UUGAACCCACAACCUUUGAACCCACAACCCAUUGACCCACAACCUUUGAACCCACAACCCUUCAACCCACAACCCUUCAACCUAAAACCUUUGAACCCACAACCUUUGAACCCACAACCCUUGAACCCACGACCCAGCAACACAACAGAGGUCAUCAACCCACAUCCUUACAAGUUCACCAUCAACAACCCUGGCAAAUGCAGCAAAGACGUGUUUCUUCUCAUUAUGGUGAUCUCUGCGCCGGGAGACGCUGAUUUGAGACACGCGAUCCGCAAGACGUGGGGGCAGGAAACGAUUGAUCCCGACAUUGUCAUGAAAACUGUCUUCACGGUGGGGAUACCAAACAACGCUUCCGUACAGAAGAAUCUGGAACACGAAAACACGCUCAACCAAGACAUCAUCCAGGAGGACUUCGUGGACUCGUACCGGAAUCUGACCCUGAAGACCGUCAUGUGUCUGAAGUGGGCGUCAGAAUUCUGCCCCGGGGCCAAGUUCGUCAUGAAAGUUGACGACGACACGUUCGUGAACAUCUACAGUUUAGUCAGACAUCUGAAACGUCUGUUUGCAAACAAGACCACCAGGCUGGUCACCGGGCAUGUCAACUCGGGCGUAGAACCGAUUAGAGACUCAAAUGCGACGGAAAAAUUUAGACGAUGGUACAUCAGCACGAAAGACUACCCAUGGGAAACGUUUCCAGACUACGCUAGUGGACUCGCUUACGUGAUGUCCGGCGACGUUGUACGGCCGCUGUACGAAGCGUCGUGGACUGUGAAGUACCUCUUCUUAGAAGAUGUGUUCUUAGGCCAUUGUAUGGAAAAGCUUGGGAUCAAACCCGUGCAUCACGGUGGCUUCAUACCCUACCAAGACUGGACGACACCGUACUGUACAUCUGUUGAGCUGCUGGCUGCUCACUGGUCCAAAAUUCCUGGCUCUAUAUACGCCGCAUGGAGCAGACUUAGCAACAUGUGUGUGGGGGUUGCAAGCAUUAAUGACGACAAACUCUACGAAUGGCAAAAUCUUAUAAAACAACAGCAAGCAAAAAAAGCACGUCUAAAUCUUUGAGACAUAUUUAUGUUUACAGAGGGAAAACAUAUUGUUUUUGCUCAGUUUCUUCCUCUUCUUCUUCUUCUCCAAACAUUGACCUCUGA